GCACCCUGGGCCUUGCUCGCGCGCCUCUAGGGCUGGCGCCUUUCCCGGCCCUCCGUGUCCUGAGGUCUGGCCGGCGCGCAGGGCAGGGGGCGGCCUCUCCGAAGCCAUCCCGGUGGUCCCCGAAUAAAUCAUUCAUGAGCCGGCGCCUGCCGAGCCGGGCUGCGAGGGAAGGGGCGUCGGCAGCAGGGGCCGAGGCAGGAGCUGGACCCCAGCGCCCGGGCGGGGACCUUCUGCGAUUGCCGGAUCGAGAACUGGGUGCUCGGGGCGCACCCCACCAGUACGGCGCCGGCCGGGACAACAAAGGGAAACACGGACAGAGGAAGUUUCGCGGUGCGGGAGAGUCGGGGGCCCGAGGGAUGCUGCGUCCUGAGCGACCAACCCGCCUGGAGAAAGCUCUUUGACGCCCUUUGCCGCAUGCCAGCCCGGCCGGAAAACAGGACUCAGCAGACCCCUCCUCCCUGCGCCUCUUCUGCGCAGAAACACACGCUCCUGUCUUAUCCAAGGCUUCCAGAACUUCUGCAGCGGGAGACCCCCAGUCCUACCUCAUGUUUGGGGGAUCCUGCUAGCUAUGGCCCUUACACUUUGCUUCCUGCUGCUCCUGGGGCUGUGUGGGACUACCGUUUCAGAGGGGCUGCCAUCACCCACAAAGAGCCCUGAUGUUUUGGAGUUUGAAUUGCCUGCAAUGAACUAUGAAACCAAAGACUCUUACGAUGCUGGGCCCAUUGGCGGUCUCUUUCAAAUGGUGCGCGUCUUUCUCCACGUGGUACAGCCGAAUCCUUUCCCUGAAGAUACUUUAAGAAAAAUUCUACAAGAGAAGUUUGACAUCUCAGCUGAUUAUGAGAAGAUUAUCUCCUAUGAAAUCGGGAUUAUUAUUUGUGCUGUCCUGGGACUGCUCUUCAUUAUUCUGAUGCCUCUGGUGGGGUUUUGCUUUGGUUUGUGUCGUUGCUGUAACAAGUGUGGUGGAGAAAUGCACCAGCGACAGAAGAAAAACGGGACCUGCCUGAGGAAAUAUUUUGCAGUUUCCCUCUUGGUGAUUUGUAUACUUAUAAGCAUUGGUAUCGUCUAUGGUUUUGUGGCAAAUCACCACCUAAAGACCCGGAUGGAAAGGACUCGGAACCUGACAGACAGCAACUUCAAAGACUUGAGAACCCUCCUGCAUGGGACUCCAGCGCAAAUCGACUAUAUACUGGGCCAGUAUACCACCACCAAGGAAAGGGCAUUCUCAGAUCUGGACAAUAUUAAAUCAUUGCUAGGAAGCGGAAUUCAUGAACAGCUAAAGCCUAAAGUGGUCCCUGUGCUUGAGGACAUCAAGGCCAUGGCAGAAGCAAUCAAAGAGACCAAAGAAGCCCUUUUGAAUGUGAACAGUACCUUAGACCAGCUGAAAAAGUCAACCGCACAACUUAACACCAGCCUGAGUAAAGUUAAAGGGGACCUCGAGCAAUCACUCAAUGACCCCGUGUGCACUGUACCUCCGGCAGCUGCCACUUGCAACGACAUCAGAACGUCUCUAAGCCAGCUGGAUUACAACAACAACUUGGGGCAGCUUCCAUCUUUGGAUGAGCACAUUGAUAGAGUUAACAAUAUUCUUCGAACAAAUUUGUCCAGCCAGGUCCAAAAGGGCUAUAAAUCCUUUAAUGAUAUACCUGAGAUGGUGCAAAACCAAACCACGGACCUGAUAUCAGGUAUCAAAAGUACCUUGAAUUCCAUUGGUUCUAAUAUCGGUAAUAUAAGCAAACAGAUUCCUAUUCAGGAUAAGCUGUCAAAUUUCAUGGAUUACAUUAACAGCACUGAAACUUACAUCCACCGCAGUUUACCCACGUUGGAAGAAUAUGAUUCAUACAGGUGGCUGGGUGGCUUGGUUGCCUGCUGUUUGCUGACUCUCAUCGUGAUUUUUUUUUACCUGGGCUUACUAUGUGGCACCUUUGGCUAUGACCAGAAUGCCACCCCCACCAGACGAGGCUGCAUCUCCAACACCGGAGGCGUCUUCCUCAUGGUCGGGGUUGGAGUAAGUUUUCUGUUUUGCUGGAUAUUGAUGGCCAUCGUGGUUGUUACUUUUGUCGUUGGUGGAAAUGUGGAAAAACUGGUCUGUGAACCUUACCAAAACAGGAAGUUAUUCCAGGUUUUGGACACACCAUAUUUACUCAAUGAGAAUUGGAAAUUCUAUCUCUCUGGCAUGGUAUUUAACAAACCAGAUAUUAAUCUCACUUUUGAACAAGUUUACAGGGAUUGCAAAGAAAACAAAGGCAUUUAUGCCACACUUAAGCUAGAGAACAGCUACAAUAUCAGUGAACAUCUCAACAUUCAAGACUAUACCGGAAACAUAAUCAAUGAUUUUGAAAACAUGCAAGUAAAUAUUGACAAUGUUGUUCUGCUGGAUGAGGCAGGAAGGAAACACCUUCUGGAUUUCAAUUCUUCAGGAAUAGACAAAAUAGAUUAUGAUGCCUACUUGGCUGCGGUGAAUAAAACUCCCGGAGAACUAAAUCUUUCAUUAUUUGCAGAUAACCUGGAAGCAAAAGCCAAUGAUUUGCCCCAAGGAAACUUGAAACAGUCCUUGAAAAGUACUGCAGAAACUAUUCGAACAAUUUAUCAUGACCAAGUCAUUCCUUUGGAACAAUCAAUGAACACUGCCUACAAAACCAUCCAGGAACUUAAGCACAACAGCAGCGGACUGCCGGCGAGAGUGACCAAUAUCCUCUCCUCUUUGGACUCUGCUCAGGACUUCCUCAUAAAGCAUGUUUCCUCUGUUAUUGUUCAAGAAAUGAAAAAGUAUGGGAAUACAAUAAUAGGAUACUUUGAACACUAUCUGCAGUGGGUCAAGAUCUCUAUCACUGAGCACAUGGCAGCCUGCAAACCCGUGGCCACUGCUUUGGAUUCUGCUGUUGACGUCUUUCUGUGUAGCUACAUUACUGACCCUGUGAAUUUGUUUUGGUUUGGCAUAGGAAAAGCUACCAUAUUUUUACUGCCGGCGAUCAUUUUUGCUGUCAAGUUGGCCAAGUACUAUCGUCGAAUGGACUCAGAGGACGUGUAUGAUGAUGUUGAAACUAUACCCGCGAAAAAUUUUUAAACAGAUCCAACUGCACGAGUUCGUGAGCCGCCGCGUCUCCAAAUAUUGGGAAAGAAACCUCCCCUUCAGGAGUUUCCAGAAUUCCGUGAAACCAUGUGGAACACGCACUGAUGGGCCCAAGAGAAAAAAGUGCACAGACCUAUCUUUUUAUCUUUAGAAUUUUGGCUUUAAUCAUCUGAGCCUUCUAAGAAAGUUUAAAUAUGUAACAUUCAUUAAUUUCCAGUUUACUCUUUGGAACAAGACAUGAAUUUUGUCACAUUUGAUUGCAUAAGAACUUAGACUUGUAAUUAGAAAACAUUCAGCAAAUGGCAGAUAUGUGUGUGUGAGCAAUAAAAGAAUGAUUUCAGAAAUAG